AAUCUUUAAUAAUAACAUGUGCAGUGGUGUUGAGUGGUAUUAAAGUGAUAAGGACUGUACUAGAUACUGUUAAAAUUUCAACAGGAUCUUUGGUAUCUAGAAACUCGAAUAAACAAUGUUCACUCGACAAUUUUUGUUUACGUGGUCUUUCUGCAUUUCGCUUUCUUCAUCACUCGAAUUCGAUCCUGUUGCCUACACCACCCACGGAUACUUGAAGGGAAAAGUAAAACUAUCGCUGCACAACAAAAAAUACCAUUCCUUCACUGGUAUUCCGUAUGCGAAAGCGCCUGUGGGAGAUCUUAGAUUCAGGGAACCACAAGACCUGGAACCUUGGCAUAAUUUCACACGUGAUGCCACCAAAGACCCGCCAGCUUGCAUCCAAAGAAAUUACCUAUUUUCCAUUGAUCCGCCAAUUGAAGGAAAAGAAGAUUGUUUGUAUUUAAAUCUAUUUGUACCACAGACAAACGAUGAAACCGCCAAAAACAAAAAAGGCCUACUCCCCGUGAUGGUCUUUAUUCAUUGGGGUGGUUUUAUAGCCGGAAGAAGCACCACAGGUUACUUGGGACCCGAAUAUUUCAUGGACAAAGAUGUUAUUCUAGUAACUUUCAAUUAUCGAGUCGGACCGUUUGGAUUCCUAUCGACCCUCGACGAUGAAGCUCCAGGAAAUUACGGUUUGAAGGAUCAAGUUGCCGCUUUGAAAUGGGUGCGAGCGAAUGUCGAGCUUUUCGGCGGCGACAAGGAUAAAGUGACGAUUUUUGGACAAAGUGCUGGUGCUGGUAGCGUUCAUCUUCACAUGUUGAAUCCAGCAUCAAAAGGUUUGUUUCAUCGAGCAAUCUCGCAAAGCGGUAAUGCCCUAGCCGGUUGGGCACAGCCCACGACCAAUCUUCAAAAGGAAAUCGCAACUUUGCAAGGUAAAUUUGUCGGCUGCGAAAACGGUUUAAACAACACUGGAGACUUGAUUCGAUGCCUCAAAUCUAUUCCUGCCAAGGAUAUUUUGAAAUCUCAGGAUUCAUUUAGACCUUUUUUCGGAAACCCUUUGAUGGUCUUUGGUACAGUUGUCGAAACUAAAUCAAGAAAUAAUCCUAAUCCGUUUAUAUUGAAAAUGCCUUUACAAUCUAUUUUGGAUGGAGAAAUAUCAAAGGUGCCAUGGUUGACUGGGGUGGUUAAAAAUGAAGGAAUUCUAAGGGCAGCAGGUUUGAUUCGUUCAACCCGAGUUAGAGAUACACUGAACGAAAACUUUGAAAAACUAGUAUCCGAGAUUCUGUUGAUCUUAUCCCUUAGUACGCCUCAUUCCCAAAGCUUGUACCGAAACAUUAGCAACUUUUAUUUGAAUGGAAAGAACUUCAUCGAUAUUGACGACUCAGAUAAUAUACAAGGAUUUGUUGAUGUAUAUUCUGACAGAGCUUUUUUCUAUCCAUUCUACCAAUCCGUAAUUUUACAAUCCCAAAAAGGCCACACACCGAUUUACCUCUACAGUUUUGAGUAUGAAGGUGCAAAUACUUAUGGGGAUUUGUUUGCAAUGACCCACGAAAACAUUAAUUUCCAUUGGGGAACUUGCCACUCUGACGACCUUUUAUACUUGUUCAAUUCCCCAGAUCUUUUUAACGUUACCGGUGCCUUCAAGGACAGCCAAUUGACUGAAAUAUUAAUCAAUAUGUGGACGAAUUUUGCAAAAAAUGGACAUCCGAAUUUGCACAAUGAGCCCAUCACGUGGGAACCUCUGAAUCUCAACAAGACUGAUUGCUUAGAUUAUAAUAGUAAAUUUGAAUUAUUGAAUAUAACUGGAAACUACGAAACCGGUCCCAAACUGGAGAUUACCAAUGGUUUUUACAAGGAACGCAUGAAAUUUUGGUCCGGUAGUGACAUUUACGAGAACCAGAAUCUUAGUAUUGACUAGACUGAUAUGUACUUAUGUAUGUUUAGAUGUUUUUAUAUAUUUUUAGGUUUAAGACGUAUUUUGUGUUUGAUUUCUGUUUAAACCUUCGAAUCAUUAUUAAAUGAAUCCUGUUUGGG